CAUAAAUAUCACUCACAGUCAGCUGCAGGCGUUACAACAAGCGGGCAAGAUCGUGUUUAUCGGACGUUUUUGUUAUGUAAAUAAAUAAUAGUUUUCAUGGUGAAGUUUCAUGCACUUACUGAUUACAAAAGAAAUAGAUCUAUGAUCGGGUGACAUUAAUUAAUGGUGAAAACACUGCCAUUAUGCAGAGUUUUGCUAUAUUUCUCGUGGUGCCGCUACUCCUCAUAAAUUUGAGCCAAGCCUCAUCUCCAACACUUCCGUCGCUACAACCUAUUGUCAUUAAUGGCAAUUAUUCAACAAGUUAUACAAAGGAGAUAAACACUUACAUUGAAUAUGUGUUUGUGUACAGUGAAAACAAUAUAACAUCUUUAGAUGGUGCUCGUAUAACAGUUCAGAGCAAUGCCAGCAGCAGUCUUCCUUUAAUUAUUGUCGUUCGUCAACAAAAGGGAAUCUUGUCUUGGCAAAUUCCUUUGUUUGUUAAAACUGCUGAUGAUGUUCUCGAAUAUAACACAACAAGUCGAACAUUGUGUCCAACAAGUGAUUAUCAAAGAUUGGGCUCCAGAGAUCAAAAUGAAUUCGUAACUGUUAGUAUUUCUACUGCAAGUGUAUCAAACAUCAGCUUCAGCAUGAGUGUCUUUCUAUCUCAUGACUUUUAUAUGCAGCCUGGAGAAGUUAGAAAUGUAACUAUCUCUCCGGCGGAACCAAUUUAUUAUGGAUUCAAAUUUUCUGGAGAAAUGGAGAGUUCUUCGGUGCUCAUGCAAGUGGAAUCUGAUAGCGAUACCUGCAUGACAGUAUCCAUUCAGAAUAUUUCAUGUCCGGUAUUUGAUUUGGAAAGAAACAUACAAUUCUCUGGAUACUGGCAAACAGUUAGCCGAAAAGGUGGCAUUACCAUACCGAGAGAAAGGUAUCCGCAUGGCUUUUUUGUAGUUCUGGUAGUAAAAGGAGAUGACAGUGACUGUAAGGGAAAUCAAAUGCAGAGUUAUCCAGGAACUAAAACAGUGUCAUUAUCCAUAGAACCGAGCAUAACAAAGCAGGACUAUAUAUUUGCUUCCUCUAUAGUUGUGUCAGUUUUAAUAGGGUUUUGUAUUUUCUAUAUUAUCGGAGUUAUUGCAUUCAGAAUCAGAGAGGGUAGGAUGUUGAGAGAACAACUACUAUCCGAUCAGGAUGAAGCGGAGGGAACACAUAGUACCGAUGGUCCAUCUUCAAUGGGCGAGCUCGGCCCCAGCCACUGGGCUUCCAUAGACGAAGACUCUUCUUUGGAUGAAGAUGACAUAGAUAUGUUGGAGGAUGCUCUUUCUGAUAAAGAAGUUAUAAGAACUAGACGAGUGCUCUCAGUUUGCGAUCUUGCUCGAAAAGAUCCUCGAAUUUUGAGGCAUAAAUCUCGUUUGUAUGUAUAUUAUCUCGGUACUGUAGCUGUAUUUUAUACGCUACCAGUUAUUCAAUUGGUUGUGACCUACCAGCAAGUCCUACAUGUGACUGGCAAUCAAGAUUUGUGCUACUACAAUUUUUUGUGCGCGCAUCCUCUGGGAUUGUUGUCGGACUUCAAUCACGUCUUUUCGAACUUAGGAUACGUGAUUCUAGGCCUAUUGUUUAUACUUCUCACCUAUACCAGAGAACAUAGGGAAACAAAUGAGGAAAGAAAUAAGAGUUUUGGCAUACCGCAACAUUAUGGAUUGUUCUAUGCUAUGGGUGCGGCCCUUAUUAUGGAAGGCGUUUUAUCAGGAAGUUAUCACGUCUGCCCAAAUCACAGCAAUUUCCAAUUUGACACGAGUUUCAUGUAUAUAAUGGCAGUUCUCUGCAUGGUGAAGAUCUAUCAGACACGACAUCCUGAUAUCAAUGCACGAGCCCCAGUUACCUUUGGUGUCCUAGCAUUUGCUAUUUUUCUCGGUUUAAUCGGGGUUCUAGAUGGUUCGGAAUAUUUUUGGAUAAUAUUUACAAUCAUACAUCUCACCGCUUGCUUAGCUCUGACUGCACAGAUUUAUUACAUGGGCCGAUGGAGAUUUGACAGAGGACUACCUCUGAGAGUAUUUGUGAUAAUGAGACACGAUGCUCGUGCUGGUAUCACGAAUUUGCUGCGACCAGUAUAUGGUGGAAGACUGGUGCUAUUAGUUAUUGCCAAUGUCUGUAAUGUGCUGUUGGCAGUAUAUGGGAAUAUGCACCAUGAUAAAGACUUUGACACUUACUUAUUGGCAGUAUUGAUGGCUAAUCUACUUCUCUACACUUUCUUCUACAUUGUGAUGAAGCUGUGCCACCGGGAGAGAAUCUUACCACAACCUUUUAUCUACAUUAUUCUAUCUUUCUUGACUUGGGCAGCAGCAAUGUACUUUUUCAUUCGUAAAUCAAUAUCGUGGGCCUUAACUCCUGCACAAUCUAGAAUUUAUAAUAAGCCAUGCGAAUUGUUAAAUUUUUUUGAUCCACAUGAUAUUUGGCACUUCUUAUCAGCUUUAGCUAUGUUCUUCUCAUUCAUGGUGCUAUUAACAUUAGACGACGAUUUAGUCGACGUACAUCGAAGUCAGAUUCCUGUCUUUUAGUUAAAAGGUCGUUGUUAGUUGUGGACAAUUAUUUGAAUUUAUGUCAAUGGACUUACUUCCUAUGCUAUAGCAGUAAUAUAAUUAUUGGUGCAUUGAUUAUCCCUUUUACAUUUUCGAAAUUAUUAUCUUUAUAUCACUAUAAUUGUACAUAUUGUAAUGAAUUUAUCUAACUUUUUAAAAUACGGAGUUGCGUGUGACUAUACGAUAAUAUAUACAAACUAUCAUGUUCGUAAUAACCGAACAACUGAAGAAUUUAACUUUGAAAAAAAAAUUUUUAUGCGAUUUUUUUUAAAAUAAAUAUUUUAUCUCUUUA